AUGGGUAUCAAGUUGAAUAGACCAGUUAAUGUUGAGAUUUUGUUUGAAGUUUUUUUAGUACUAUACUUGUUUAGGAUUACAACUUCCUAUGAACAACCAGCAAAUUUUGUCUUCGGAGAUUCUCUGGUCGAUGUGGGGAACAACAAUUACAUUGCUUCCCUCUCAAAGGCUAAUUAUCCUCCCUUUGGAAUUGACUUUGGAAGACCAACAGGAAGGUUCACAAAUGGAAGAACCAUAGUUGACAUUAUUGGUCAUGAAAUGGGUGUUGAUUCUACCCCACCUUACUUAGCACCAACUACAGUUUUACCAGUGAUUAUGAAAGGUGUCAACUAUGCUUCUGGUGCAGGUGGAAUCCUCAAUCUCACUGGAAAACUCUUCGGUGACAGAAUCAACUUCGAUGCACAGUUAGAUAAUUUUGCUAACACCAGGCAAGACAUCAUCUCCAGCAUUGGUGUUCCUGCAACUCUCAAUCUAUUCAACAGGUCUAUAUUUUCAGUAACAAUGGGUUCCAACGAUUUCAUCAACAACUAUUUAGCACCAGCAGUCUUAAUUUACGAGACGAAUUUGGCAUCUCCAGAACUCUUUGUGAUCACUUUAGUGUCAAAGUUCAGAGAACAGCUCACUAGGCUAUACAAUCUAGGUGCCAGGAAAAUUAUUGUGACAAAUGUAGGACCUAUUGGAUGCAUUCCAAGUCAGAGGGAUACAAACCCAGCUGCAGGUGAUAGCUGUGUCACUUUCCCAAAUCAGCUAGCACAGUUAUUCAAUAUGCUGUUGAAGGUUCUAAUUGCAGAGCUAAAUUCAAAUCUGAAGGGUUCAAUGUUCGUGUAUGCAGAUGUGUACCACAUAUUAGAAGACAUGCUCAACAAUUACACAGAAUAUGGUUUUGAGAACCCAUGGACCUCUUGUUGUUUCAUGGCUGGGCGUUUUGGAGGUUUGAUUCCGUGUAGUCCCACUUCGAGCAUAUGCGAGGACAGAUCCAAGUAUGUGUUCUGGGACCCUUGGCAUCCCACUGAUGCUGCAAAUGUUGUCAUAGCUAAGCGCCUCUUAGAUGGUGAUCAUAACGACAUUUUUCCAAUGAAUGUUCGCCAACUCAUUCAACUUUUGAUCUGA